UCACAUGAUCACACAGCAAGGCCCACAAGCAGGAUUGUACUUCUCCAUGAUCUCUCUGAUGUCCGGCUUGUUCUCCACCAAAUCCCACGGCGUCUCCCCCUAUUGUGUUGGGAUGAGAUGAGCACACCACUCAGCCCAUCGAUGGUGUGAAUCUCUGUGUGCACUCACCUUAUUGUUUUUGAUGUCCAGCAGCGCACCGCCGCCCCAUUCGAGCCUUUAGACACAGAGAGAGAGAGAGUGUGGAUGAGAUGUUCGCGUCAGUCAGUCAUCUGUGUCGCUCACAGCUGAGACACAGCAGCAGAGUGGCCAUAGAAUGCAGCCCCAUGGAGUGCCGUCCAGCGGAACUGUGUGUGUCAUGCACACAAAGAGAAGGCAAUCAAUCAGUGAGAGAAGACUGUAUUGUCUCACGUUGUUCUUCUGUGUCAGCAGAUUUUCCCCUCCUUUGGCGUACACUGCCUUCAUCACAUCGACAUAACCAUGCUGGGCAGCAUGCAUGAAUGGCGUCAUGCCAUACUGCAAUCACCACACAUACAACACAAUUGACACACUGAGGCGGCAGAGACAUGUGUGCUCUGUUACCUUGGUGCGUGCAUCGAUCAGUUUGGAAUCCCACUCCAUCAACUUAUUGACGACCGCAAAAUGGCCAAACUCGGCAGCCCAGUGAAGAGCAUUCGAACCAUCCUGCAUUCCAUCACAGCCAACACACGUCUCCUUAUCACCAUGAGCCCACCAGAUGGUUUGUCUGUGUCAAUACCUCGUCUGUUUGCUGCAGUACGUCAGGUUUGCUCUCAUACAUAACCAACAUGAUACCCACGUGACCCUUCAGUGCAGCCCGAUGGAAGGGUGUGUACUGCAGGAAUGAGAAGACACAGACAGAGACCACUGAGGGCAUUCCUGUCGUCUUCACAAUUGAAUACCUUGAAGGAUGAGUCGUCUCGUUUGUCAAGUAUGUCCUUUCCCUCCUUUUCGAUGAGCAUCUUCGCCGACUGCUCAUUGCCAUCCUUGACGGCAUCGAAGAUGUCAGUCUGCCACACAACCAGCACAAUGACAGCGGCCCAUUGACGUGUGGGAUUCAGUUGCUAUCUACCUUACGUAUUUGAUCUGCGGCUGUGGGGAGCUCGGCGGUGUCUUUAUUGACGGCUCCUGGGCGGGUGACACUAAACGACACCGACAGAGCAUCGGAUGGUGUGUCUCUAUCUGUGUGUGUGUGUGUGUGUGCGUGCGUGUUCAUGUGUCUCCGUUACCUAUUUCAUACGGAAUCUUGAGCAGAUCGAGAAUCUGACCUCAUUGCACACAAAGAGAAUUCGCAGGUCGAACUGCAGAAAAGAGGUGAAAAUCGUUUACCUCCAAAGCCGACGGACGCUUCUUGAGAUUGUAUUCGAAGCAUUUCUGAGACCACACAUAAAAAAACUCACAAAGAUGCAGUCCAGAAGGGAAAUUCUCACCUCAAUGACCGCUUUCGCAUGCGGGGCAAAGGGAAAAUCAGGAACAAACGGCUUCUGAACAGAGACUUUUAUGUGAAUUCUGAUAGUGUGUGUGAGAUUCUGAUAGUUUCACCGACCUUCUUCUGCCUUUCGACCAAGUCAUGUAUCUGGAACUUCGAAUACUCUUGGAAAGGCAUAGGACCGCCUAGAAUCUCCGAAAUUAUCCCUCCUGUAUGUGUCCAUAGCGUCAUGACAAAGAAGGUGCAUGGUCGCGACAGAAGGCAGCUUACCGAGGGACCAGAUGUCCGACUCAUAUGAAAUAUCGCCUGCCUCUGUCCGCUGUCGAAAUGCCUCCGGCGCCGUAUAAUACUCCGUCCCCAGACUCUCUGGGAAAGCGAAUAGCGAAUCUUCGUCUUGAGCUUCAAGAACAGGAGAAAGAGAGACAAAUGUCUUCCGCUUACCUUGUUGACGCGCCCGACCAAAAUCAGUCACCUGAUAAGCCAUCAUCGAAGAAGGCAGCACUGCGUAACUUCUCUUCAUUUACCUUGGCAUCAUGCAUUUCAGACAACAGAACAUUCUCGGGCUUGAGAUCGCGAUGAAUCUGAAAGAAGGGAAUAAAAUGGAGGUGUAGGCAGGAAAAGUAUAUACUAGACAUACUAUUCCCUUGACGGUGUGCAAGUAAUUAACGGCCUUGCAUAUCUGGACAACAUACAGCGAUGCAGCGAUGUAUGAAAACGUAUGAAGCCUUUCUCUUUUCUGACGUGUCUGAUAAGCUGGUUGCGUUGGCUUUCGGGCAGUGGCAUCUCUGGCGUCGGCUGCAUCUUUUCAAGGAAGGUCCUCAAUGAACCACCGCUGCACAGCUCCAUGACGAUCAUGACGCCAUACUUCUUUGCCGCGUCGCCCUUGGCCAAACACACGCCAUAGACCUUGGCGAGAUUCGAGUGAUCCGCCCCGACCAUGGCAGAGACCUCCUUCAUCACCUCAUCAUAGAGCUCCUGCAGGCAGCACAGAAGGCGGUAAUGAAGGCAGCGCUCGCAACGUUGUCUGGCGAUCAUCUUGUGGUCUUCUUACGUAUAGUUUGUUUUUGUAAUGCAUAAGAAUCUGGGGGGAUGGGUACUUGAUUGCCACAGGGUGGCCGUUGUACUCUCCUGCUCGCACAAUACCCGAUGAGCCUGCACCUGCACAUGUGCAUACAAGAACAGACUCACAAACGGCCAUGGAAUCAAUGAUGUGUCCUUUCUCACCGAGAGCGUCCUCUUUCUCUUUCAAAUUCAGUUUCUCGAAGUCAAUUCUACGGAACUCUGCAGUAGAUUCCGCCAU